AUUGUUGGCCUACUAUAUUCUCUCCCACAACCCAGCCCCCUCUCUCUCUCCCUCCCUUGUCUCUCUCGAUCUCUCGCCAAUUUCAUAAGUGAAUCCCACGCUCCAUCCAUGGCUUCCCCACCGACACUCCCGGUCUCAAGCUCCCAACCCGCCGCGGGUGCCACCUCCCAGCCGCCGAUCGCCACUCCCGCCUUCCGCGCGUUCCUCUCACGCCUCUCCGCCUCCCUCCGCAACGGCUUCUCGCAGCGCCGCCCAUGGCUGGAGCUCCUCGACCGGAGCUCCAUGGCCCGACCGGAGUCCCUCUCCGAAGCCUAUUCUCGGAUCCGCAAGAACUUCUCUUACUUCCGCGUCAACUACGCCACCCUGGUCGCCGUCGUCCUCGCCCUGUCGCUCCUCUCCCAUCCUUUCUCACUCGUCGUCCUCCUGUCUCUCUUCGCCGCCUGGGCCUUCCUCUACCUUUUCAAGCCGUCCGAUCAGCCCCUCGUCAUCCUCGGCCGCACCUUCUCCGAUACCGAAACCCUAGUCGGCUUGAUCGUGGUGACGGUUAUCGUCGUCUUCGUCUCCAGUGUCGGAUCGCUCCUGAUCUCGGCGCUAAUGGUCGGAUUCGCUCUCGUGUGCGCUCACGGUGCGUUUAGGGUUCCGGAGGACCUGUUUCUCGACGAUCAAGAGCCUACAAACGUCGGAUUCCUCUCCUUCCUCGGCGGCGCCGCCUCGGCCGCCUCGGCCGCUGCUCCCUCCAUCGCCUCACUCGUGUAGUGGAAUAUCUUUGUGCCCUAGUAAUUUCAAGGUUUGUUAGAGUGAAUCUUUGAUGUACUCUUUGCCUUUGCAAAUUGCAAUUGGUGAUUCUUGUUUUCUUGUUAGAAAGAGCGAUUUAUUUGAGAGAUCAUAGAACAAGUGUUAGGGUGUUUUGGAGAUUGGAUUUGGUUCUGAACUAAAUUUGUUCGGAUAAUGCUGCAAGAUGUAAACUUUUUCUUUGUAACGAAAAAUUUAGUUCCUAUAACAUUCAUUUCUUAUGUUCUCCAA